CCCGGAGUGUGUACGCUGUCCGCAUUGGUUUGCGGCGCACGGCGGAAGCGGUAAAAUAAAAAUAUUAGUUUGCACGUCUUUGCUCUGCUCGUUAGAGUCGCGAGCUCGUUGACGAACGAUGGACGGAGAACAGGAGAGACUGCAGUCAGCUGCCGCGAUCAAGGCUUUUAUGUUGAAAAACAGCACGAAAAGCAGGCUGAAUCUUUAUGACCACCUCACUCGCUUGCUGAUACAGCUGAUGGAUGAGCAGCCACACGACGCAGUGGAUGUGAUAGAGGAUAUGAGCAGCAGUGUAAAGCGGGGCUUGUUAGAAGACAUGCAGAGUGCUCUGCAAGACCUCCCACAGACUACAGCUGAUGAGCAGCUGGCUCAGCAGCAGCGCCUGCUCUUUGCUCAACCAGAAAGUGCAGACCACGAGGAAGAACUGGUGGAAACACCUCUUCCUAAUGUGAGUGAGUUGGGCUUCUACCUGGAGCAAGCUGGAGUGGGUCUGGGCCGAGAGGAGAUGCAGAGGAUUUUUCUUGCACUCAAGCAGCUUGUUGAGUCGCAGUCGCUGUUGCACUGUCGACUGUGGGGCAAGAUUCUGGGAACGGAGAGCAGCUAUAUUGUUGCUGAAGCUGUCGCUGAAGGGGAAGAGCACAGCAUUGAUGAAGCAGCUGAGGAAGACGAGAGAGAGGUCGAUCCUCAGGAGAACGAGAUAGAUCCACUUCCGCAGUCGACCUACAAACCUCCACCAGUUGUGCCAAAGGAAGACACAGGAACAGGUGCUAACAAGUUUGUUUACUAUGUGUGUAAUGAGCCUGGUCUUCCUUGGGUAAAGCUACCUUCAGUCAGUCCUGCACAGAUCACUGCUGCACGGCAGAUCCGCAGAUUUUUCACCGGGAGGCUGGACACCCCAGUUGUGAGCUACCCACCUUUCCCUGGGAAUGAAGCUAACUAUUUACGAGCACAGAUUGCCCGAAUCUCUGCUGGCACGCAGGUCAGCCCUCAGGGCUUCUACCAGGCUGGUGAGGAAGAGGGUGAUGAGGAAGAUGAAGCACACCAGGAUGACUAUGAAGCAAAUCCUGAGUUUGAGGGCAUUCCAGUUGCUGAAAUGGCUGCAUCUUUGUCUGCCUGGGUGCAUCAUGCUCAACACAUCUUGCCACAGGGUCGUUGUACUUGGGUGAACUUGGCUAUAAAACCUGGAGAGGAAUCUAAUGAGGAGGGAGAGGCUGAUGAGAAGGAAGAAGAGCCUGAUGAACCUGAGCCAGAGGUUGGACCCCCUAUGUUGACUCCCAUCUCCCAAGAUGUAGAAAUGUUUGGCACCCCACCCUGGAGUCUCAAGUUGUCCUCCACGCUCACAUCUCAGCAUGCAGAAGCUGUGCUGUGCUCUAACCUCUGGCCAGGGGCGUAUGCAUACGCCUGUGGAAAGAAGUUUGACAACAUGUAUGUUGGAUGGGGUCUAAAGUAUGCAGGAGGAGGAUAUAGCCCACCUGUACCCCCACUGCCACAGAAAGAAUAUCCCAGUGGACCAGAAAUCACAGAGGCCCUGGACCCAUCACUGGAAGAGGAACAGACCCUGAAAGAAGCUUUAGAGGAGCAACAGGCUAUCCGGGAGAAAAUGGAGGAAACAGAUGAAGAGGAGGAAGAAGAUGACUGAGAAACGAGUUACUUAUUUGACAUUAAAAUUUUAAAAUAAUUUAUUUGUAAGUCAGUGGUAAUGUAUUUGAAUAUUUAGAGUGCAAUUAAGAGAUGAGGUGUGGAAAACUUAAGUAACUCUUAAAUAGCCAAGAAUAUUUAACCUGUCUCUACAGUUUUCUGUCUUUCCGGCUGACUGGAAAUCUGUAUGUUCUGUAAUUUCCUACAGUUUUAUUGUGACCUGAAUGUGCGUGCGUGUGUGCGCGCGCAUGACAGAAGCGGUAUCUUGUUGUUUUGCUGUGUGUUUUUGGCGUGGUUGCGGCCCACAGCAACACAGGAAUCAACACAGCAUUAACAAUUAAGAGACAACUUUUGCUGGCAAUCUUUCGCCAUUUUCUUCAAAACGCUACAGUAUUUCCGGU